GAAACAGUGACGCCGCCAUUCAAACUGCGCAGCAUGGCAUGUUGGGAAAUCCUUUCCCAUCAUGGCGGAUCAGUUAGUUGUGUAACAUUGACGGUAGCGUAUUCAGCGAUUGUUUGGUCCUACAGCCAUCAGUCAUUUUUUACACGGAGACUGCAGCCACCGAAUUAUACAGGGUAAUUAUAUGCUAUGUAGCUGAUAACCGCGAAGAGCGAACGAACUUGCAUUGUUGAAACAAGUACCAGUGUUGAGUGAGAGAGCAGCACACCAGUGACAUUCAGAGGGCCAUUUACAAAACCAGGGGCACCGGUACCAUGGAAUGUGCAGUGGACAUCCCCUCUGGUGAGGAUGAGGCAACUGAGAAAGAUGACAUAAAUGUCAAAGAAGGGAAUGAAGCACCCCAUAAGAAAAACAAGAAGCACAGAAAACAUAAGAGCAAGAAAAAGAAGAGGAGGAGGAAGGGAGAAAAGGAGAGCAGUUCAGAAUCCGGUGCUGAGUCCGAUGUAGAACCGCCACCUCCACCAAGACCUGUCAGGACUACCAGAGCCAGUGCCAGACUGGCAGCAGCUGCAGGAGCUGCAGAACAUGCUGGACUGAAGGAGGAGGGCAAAAGGGACAUAAUAGCAGAUCGUGUAGAAGGAGAUGUGAAAUCCAAAAAGUACAAAAGACAUGCUGCCAAGAAGAAGAAAAAGAAGAGAAAGAAAGAUGAAAAGCAGGAAAAGAAAUCUGUAUCUCAUUCCCCAUCCGAAAGCAGCUCAGCUUCAGGUUCUGAAUCUGAAGGUCAAGCAGGUAAAGGGGCUGGUGAUGGCAAACACUCCCCAGCUGCAGCAUCUGACUUGCAAGAACCAGGAUCCAAACUGGGUUCAAAUAGUAAACCAGGUGAGGAAAAGGGGGUUCCCAUCAUCACACAGAAACCUGAAAUAUUUGGGGUGAAGAAAGAGGAGAUAUCAGAUAUGGAUGUGUCCCCAAAUGGAGGGAAGGGGAGUAAUACCUAUGGAUCAGAAAUGGAUAUGGGUUCACCCUCUGCAGCUCAGGAUGAGAUAACACAGACAGCAUUAGUUUGGGUUAAGACAGAGGGUAGUCAUGGUGCUGGUGCGUUCAGUCAUGCCCAGGAACUACCUGACAUCAUCCCUAAACAGGAAGGUGCUACCCCAAGAGAUGACCCAGGUGUGAAAGAUCAGGCCAAUUCAGUUCAAAGGGCAAAAGAUAAGGAACAUGAUUUGUCUAGAUCUCCGUCUCCUUCCAGAGUCUUACACAUUAAAAGGUCUGAGUCAAAUCAUAGCCGGUCAGCAACACCUAGUCCCAAUAGGCAGCAGUCGGGUGAUCAAACAGCAAUGAAAAAACAAUCAAGAACCCAUUCCAGGUCAACCUCAAAGGAAAAAAUGUCUACAACUCCUCUAAAGAGUCAGCAGUUGUCCCGCUCUCCAUCUCCUAAACCUAUGAGGAAGUCACUCUCCCCAUCACCAAAGGCUCCCAAGAUAGCUAGCUGUCAGUCCCGGUCCACCUCUCCCUCCCUCACCCCAAAGAAGAAGGUGUCAAAGUCUCCAAGGAAGUCCAAGUCUCCUAAACGGCGGCGAAGUUCCUUGUCUGUUUCCCCAAAGCGACGCAGAAGUUCUCCCUCUCCUAAAAGAAAGGUGUCACGAUCCCCUAAACGCAGUGGACGCAGAUCUCCGUCUGUAUCUCGGUCUACAAGGAGAAACCGAAGGUCAGAGUCACGAACCCGUGGAGGCACAAAGCGCUCCAGGACCCGCUCACCUAGACGGGGUGGUGCAGCUGCCAGGCGUUCACGGUCACAUUCUGUUACUAGAACCCGUCGUUCCCAUUCUCGAUCCAGGCGCCUUGUUCGUCGCUCCAGGUCGCGUUCACUGACAAGACGUGCAGGAGGCAGGCGCUCCAGAAGUCGAUCCUUGUCUUGGCGUAGGAGGUCACCACCUGUCAGAUCCCGCCGCUCACACUCCCGAUCGGUCCACAGGAGCAGGCGAACUCGAUCACGUUCCAUUGUAGUCCUUAAGCGCGGCCAUCGUUCCAGAUCCAGGAGUCCACGCAAAAGGACCAAAUCCAGAACCCCUCCCUCCCGACGGCGGACUAAAUCCAGGUCCCCAGUCAGAAGGCGCUCUCGUUCCAUUGCCAAGAGAAAUCGUUCUCCACCAAGGUCUGGCAAACGCUCCAAAUCUCGUUCAUUGUCUCGAAGGCACUGGUCAAAGUCACACUCGCCACUACCUGGCAAGAGGAGGUCCAAAUCUCCUAAGAAGAGUGGAAGAAGGUCAGCAUCUAAAUCUUCCUCUGUGGGUUUGAACAGAUCUAAAUCUAGGUCUAGAUCGGAGUCAGGUGAUGGGCGGUCUGUCAGCUUCUCCCCAGCCAGAUCCACAUCUUGCUCACCCAUUAAAGUAAAGAAGCAGUCCUCUCCUGUGGUAGAGCAAACAGCUGAAGAAGGUGGAGGACUUUUAGCUACAGCAGGUGUUUGGAAACCCGUGUCCUCAGCAGCUGCCUCCAGCCCCCAAGCUGGGAGCUCUUCAGAUACACUGCAGGAACAGGUUGCUCCCAACCACGACAAGGAGAAGAAGGAACAUAUUAGCUCAUUAAAUGAACAAGAUGUUUCCAGGUCUGAUUCCCAGGAGCCUAACCCAGAUGGGUCAGAUAGUUCAGAAGGAUCAGAUGAAGAAGAGGAUUCUUCCUCUCUUAUUAAAGCAACCUCUAAAUGUCAGAGAAGCUCCUCAGGUUCAGCAUCUCCAGAAGUGCAGAAGCAGCUGUCCAAAUCACCUACGAAUCGUCGGAAACUUUCACGCUCAACUUCAUCACCUAGACGAUCAAUGUCCAAGCCUGCAUCCAGAAGGAAGCAGUCUAGGUCCAAGUCUCCAGUGAGGAAAAGAGAAUCUGUCUCACCAUCAGAACGGAAGAAGCGGCGGUCUAAAUCCCGGAGUCCUGUCCGGCGAAGGCGGUCACGCUCACGUUCUAUCACACGGCGUAAGCGUUCACGCUCCAAGUCUCGAACCAGAAUCCGCAACUCUCCAAUCCGCAAGAGAGGAUCCCGAACUCGUUCACCCAACCUUCGAGGGAGGAAGAGGUCCAAGUCUACAGACAGGAGCAAGCGAUCCAAGAGCCGUUCCAUGGGCCGGAGGAAACGGUCCAGGUCAGGAGAUAGAAGCAGGCGAUCUAGGUCUCGUUCCUCUGAUCGUAGACGCAGGUCUCGGUCAAGGGGUCGAGGGAGGCGCCCAGUGUUUCGCAGUCGUUCAUUUGAUAGACGAGACAGAUGGAAGAGGGAACCUAGCCACUCUCCAGUUCUCAUCCUCCGCAAACAACGCCGCUCAGGGUCACGGACACGACGCAGCACCAGCAAGACUCCUCCACGGCUUACUGAACUGGAUAAGGAUCAGUUGCUGGAGAUUGCUAAAGCUAAUGCUGCAGCUAUGUGUGCUAAGGCGGGGGUUCCCAUUCCUGAGAGUCUUCGGCCAAAAGCCAUUCUGCAGCUCCCUCUACCCACUCCAUCUCCUGCCCCUCUUUCUUUACCUCUACCCUUGCCUCUCCCAAUGGGCAUGGGGAUGCCGAAUAUGUCCAACAUGGGUCCAAUGGGGAUGUCCGCUAUUCCGGGAAUGCCCAGCAUGUCUAACAUCACCAUGAGUGCUGCUGUGGCAAGCAUGACAGCAGCUACCAUGACAGCUGCCUUGACCAACAUGGGUGCCCUGGCGGCCAUGCCUCCCCUUACCCCGCUUCCUUCCAUUACUAACAAGCCUCCCCCAUGCCUAGCCCCCCCACAACCAACCCUCAACCUGGACCACAUUGAAGAAGCAAAGAGGAAGGUCACUCAACAAGCCAACAUACACACCAUCAAGGAGCUCACAGAGAAGUGUAAGAUGAUUGCAAAUAGUAAGGAGGAGAUGGCCAUAGCUAAACCCCAUGUGUCGGAUGAUGAAAGCUAAAACCACCAAACCCACACGUCUCCUCAAAGGACUAAAGGAACAUGUAAAAAAUGCAUCCACAGUCCCCACUCAGCAGCCAGAUUUCCUGACUGCGUUUCAUAAACCACCAAGAACAUGAAGAGCAACCUAGUUGUCAGUGAGUAUAGGAGUGCCAGCCACUGCACCACUCUUUCACAAGUUUGUUUCUGUCUGUGUGAGAGCGAGAGACUGGCAGACUGUCACCUGUGAUACCACUGAUAAAACCGGACACGCUGACAUGUGCAUGUGUGCACAGUUGUAUGACUGCAUAUUGAGUUUAGUGAGAGUCUCUGUGUGUGUGUAUAUAGUGACCACCAACCCCCCAGUGUUGCUGCUCAUUCAAGCAGUCACUGAUGGAAAGACUGAAAGGAAACAAAUCAAACUAGUGGUGCAAAUGUUUUUGUAAAAGAUUCCUUUCUCUAAAUUUGUUUUACUUUUAUGCUUUCUUAAAAGAUGUUAAGUGGAGACUGCUUCCCUGUUCUGCUGUAUUUCCCCAUUUAUCUCUAGUCCCUGGUUUUAUAAACAAAUGAUGCAGACAAAGUUUUGUUAGAUCCUCAUGUGAUAUGUUUUCACAAACCUGGGUUUCCAGGGCACGAGACAGGCGCUGAUAUGUUGUGAAUCCUGGAACAGGAUUCCAGAUGCCAGAUCUGAUUAUUCUGAAGGAACAGAAUGACUGAAUGUAUUGGCUGCAAAAAGAAGGUUUAAAUUUUGCCUUUGACACAUGAUUAUCAUCUUCACUUGCAAAAUAUAACAGAUUUAGUUAGUACUGCCCUGGGUGUGCUUGUUCUUUCCCUCUGUUUUAAAUUGCACCAAGCAAAUCUUUGAAUCUAAUUUGGGCUUUAUUGGCUUUUUUUUUUUUCCAACUAGGAAACAUGUUUGCUGCCACAUUUACACCAGUGUCCUCACGCGGAUUAAUGUUUUGAAAAAGACUAAGAUAUAACUUAAGAUGCACAGAAAACAUCAAUAUGUGCGGGGAACUGACAAUAUCAUUUUAAAACUAGUAGACAAAACGGUUUUGUGUAAAAAUUCAAAUGUCUGUUUUUGUCAUUUGUUAUUCUGAGUGAGUGGAAUUUGAAAGCGGUGCUGCCUGUUGGCUGUCUUGGACGUCCUUGGUGUUUACAGCAUAGUACGUACCAUAAAACAGGGGGCUUGUGAAAAUCACUGGCCAGUUGACUGGUCCUUCAACCACCAAGUAUAACAGUUUUUUUUUUUUCUGAUCAGAAAAGAGGGUUGAAAAUGCAAAAUUCUAAAUGUUAGACUGUAAAUGCUGGUGAUUAUUACUUGUUUAGAACAACAUAUUUCACUAUGUGAAAUACAAAUAUCCCCUUUUUAUUUGCAGAAAAUUAAUUAUAACCGCAUGAAAUGCAGUCAUCUUGAAGCAUUGUACUGGCUAAUUGGAGAACUGCUCUGGGGAACUAUGUGUAUGUGUGUGCAAACAUGAAAAGCUCAACAAGCCAAAGGGCUCAUUUAAUCCACUGAUACAAUUGAUAUCUUUUAACCGGUAGAUACGGUUCCCCUGUCCUGUGUUCAGUCCCCUGUGUGAGCUGAACAGGGUCCACGUUUCACCUCAAGCAUUUGCCCCACGCGAUCACUGUAGAACAAAGAGAAAUUUGGUGCUUUUAGGGAAAACUGACUGGGAUGAGGUUUUCUGUUUGUUUUUAAAGGAAUCUUGCACUCAAAUUUAUUUUCAUUGGAGAGGGAAAUAAUUCUGGAUUCCUCCCCCCAUACCCAGGGCUGUUGUUUGGAAGAUAAUGUGUGAAGGUUAUGUCAAACUGUAACUAUACUGUCUGUACAAAGUGUUGAACUGUUCACCUGAUUCCCCAAGGUAAUCUUUAGCUAUUUUAAUAACAGAAAAAAAGAAGAAAAUGCAUUUUAGGAAUUUUUUUGGGUCAUUUGAAUAGGAUAUUGCUUGCUUUGUACAUACAUGUGAUGAUCAUUAAAAACCUCAAUGAUAUGUAUGUACUUA